GGCUCAACAUGCUCACUGUCAUCUGAUGCUUAGCCAAUGACAAGAUUUCCAGAAAACAAUAAAAAAAAAAAAGAACAACAAAAGCAUAAUUACAAAACUCCGAUCCGCUCGCCGAAUGUAUUGUUCAAAAUUGUAAACAAAACACAAAACACGUGAUCUAAUGAAAAUGAAACGUUCAAAAAUUGACAUUAUCAAUUCAACUGUUGAAUCGUAUUUAAAACGUCGUGGUUAUCAGGAUAUUGAUAUUUUCAAUAAAUCGGACCACAAUAAAACAAUAACUAGUGAAGAAUCAUUGUUGCGUGAAAUGGCACAGUCAGCAACAUCGACUAAAAAUUCAAUUAUUUUUAGUGCGAUUACCAACGACGUUACUGCUGCUGACCAGGCGUAUAAAAAACUACGGACAUGGAUAAAUUUAAUAAAUGAUGAGACAGUUAAAGAAGAUCUAAUGACUCUUCUGUAUCCAAUUUUCUGUCACUUGUACCUAGAGAUGCUGCACGCGGGAAAUUUGCAGGCGGCUAUUGAAUUCUUUAACAGCAAUCGAAGUGACUUUAUCACGUGUAAAGAAAAAAAUUUUCUCGACGAAUUAUCCUGCGUGUUUUCGAUACAGGAUGCUGAGUCUAAGCCAAUUGUUAAUGCGUUUAAAAUCAGAAAGUAUAGAGUUGACAUGUCUGAUGAAGCUCACAAUGCAUUACAGAAAUAUUUGGCUAAACAUGGUCAUGUUAUUAUCAUGCAGAUAAUUAAUAUACACGUGACAAUAAAUAUAAAAAUAGAAAACAUAAUGGAAGAAGAAGAAGAAAAUGACAGUGGUUCCAAGUUUGGAGAUAUUUCUAUUAAUGGUCAUAUGGAACAGACUGCUGGUACUGGAACGGAUAGAGAGAUGAGAGAAAUGUUGGAAGUAAUAAGAGGUUUGAAUAACAAUCCGUAUAAACCUUUGAAAAUAUUCCGUAUUGGAAAUUCUAUUGAGAAUGGUAGCUGUGCAACAAUUCCCAAUAAAAUGGAUAAAUUUGCCGUAGGAUUUAACGAAAAUACUAUCAGACUAUGGCCAAUGGGAAGCACAAGAUUAAUGAGACCAUUGUCUAGGCCUCCAAUGAAAAAAAUAAUUUGUGGAAGUGAAAUUGAUAUCAAUAUUGACAACAAUGAUGUUGAAGUAGAAUCUUCAGGUGCAAUAGUUUUGCGUGGGCAUGCAGAUGCUGUCCACGACAUGAGAUUUAUCCAUGAUUCGGAAAUUCUUCUCUCAGUAUCAAGUGAUAAUGACAUGAGAGCGUGGAGUAUGGUUAACUACAGUUGUAUUGGAACUUAUAACGGUCAUAAUUAUCCAAUCUGGUGUAUGGAUACGAGCUUAGACGACACGUAUAUUGCAACGGGCUCGCAUGAUCGUACGGCUAAGUUAUGGACUCUGGAUAGAAAAUUUCCAGUUAGGAUAUUUGCUGGUCAUUAUAUGGAUAUAAAUUCAAUUAAAUUUCACCCCAAUGGAAAUUACUUGGCAACGGGUUCUGCUGACAAAUCGGUUAAGUUAUGGAGUAAAGAAAACGGCGAAGCGUUGAGAUCUUAUCCAGGUGUUCAGUCAACUAUUUAUUGUCUAGCCUUUAGUCCAGAUGGAAAAUAUCUCGCUGCUGCUGGCGAUGACAAAACGGUCUUAAUUUGGGAUUUAGCGACAGACGGUCUUUUGAAUGAACUGAAGGGUCAUGAAGGUACGAUAAUGAAUUUAGACUGGAGUCCUGAUGGCCAGUUUAUCGUCAGUGGGGAAUUGAACGGUACUGUUAGAUUAUGGUCUGCUAAAAUAGCUACUAAUAAUGGCAUUAGCAUACCAAUGCAAUUAACGUCUGAGACAGAUAUUCCAGCGGUGCAAGUAUUAAAGUCAAAUGGUAAAGCAAUUUUAACAUUACGAUUUAAUCCAAGAAAUAAUUCACCGAUGUGCGUUGUUACUGCAUAAAAAAUUGAUAAAUAUUUUUUAUUUAAUACGUCUCUCUAAAAAGUCUCGACCGGUUUUUUUUAUCGGAUACAAUCAUCUAAAUAAUUUUUUUACAUCCGAUAAAAAAUAAGGAAUUACUUUUGUAUAUUUGAAAUAGAAACAAAUUUUUUUAUUAAUUAAGAAAUAACGAUCAAAGUUGACGAUCUGAAUUAAUUGUAACUAAUAUUUAAGCUUAUAAUUUUAUUAUUAUUUAAUUAAGAUACUCAAUAAUGAAAGGUGAUCAAUAUAAAUGUUAUACUUCAUAUUUAGUCCUUUCAACACUGUGCUGGGUGUGGAAAAUCACAGUAUUGUAAGCGAAUAAUUAAAUUUUUUUUUAAUGGAAUUAUUUGGUAAACCAUAAAGCUGUGUUCAUAAUUAGUAAUUAUUAUUUUAAAUAAAAUACGAUAGAUAAGUAGUUGAUAUUUUUUAAUAAAAAAUUGUAAUUAGUUUUUGGUAAUUUAUCUAAGCAGGUAUAUGUAAAAUAAAUUAUCCUUUCUUCAUAUUGUAAUUAUUGAAAUGAU